AUGGAAGUGUAUGAUAAGGCAAUGGAGAUGUACAUUGAUCCAACUUCCUGGGUAAAUAUUCACCACCUGGAGUAUACAGAUGGAGGAAUCCUGGACCCAGAUGAUGUGCUGGCAGAUGUUGUGGAAGACAAAGAUAAGCUGAUUGCUGUUUAUGAUGAGCAAGAAACUCACCCUAAGACUGAUGGCGUCAAUGGCAAUUUGGCAGACAGAAACAGCCCGGACUCUUUUGAGACGGAGGUAGCAGCUCAGCUGGCUGCCUUUCAGCCAAUUGGUGGUGAGAUUGAAGUGACUCCUUCAGCCCUAAAACUGGGCACACCGCUUCUAGUACGCAGGAGCAGUGAUCCAGCUUUGGGCCCACCUGCUGACUUCCACCCAAGUGCUUCUCAUCCCAGCGACCACAGUCUCAAGCAUGUUGUGGCAGGUGCUUCCCAGGUAUCCUUUCAGGAUGGGGAGGUGAACCUUACUGGACCCACAGAACUUUUGUUGGCUCAGAGGGCCCGGCUCCCUGUCAGUGAAAUGACAAAAACAGUGGAGAUUUCUGGGGAAGGUGGCCCCUUGGGAAUACAUGUAGUGCCGUUUUUUUCAUCUUUGAGUGGAAGGAUGCUGGGACUCUUCAUCCGUGGUAUUGAAGAAAAUAGCAGAUCUAGGCGGGAUGGGCUUUUCCAUGAGAAUGAAUGCAUUGUGAAGAUUAACCAUGUGGACCUUACAGAUAAAACCUUUGCACAGGCUCAGGACAUCUUCCGUCAGGCAAUGAAAUUUCAAAGUGUCAUCUUGGAAGUCCUUCCUCCAUAUAAUCGAGAACAAUAUGAGAAAUCUGCUAUUGCUCCCCUUUGUUUUCUGGAUAAUGAAGAAGGAGUUCCAAAAACAAAGGUUCCACCUCCUGUUCAUCCAAAACCUGCUCUGAAAACAAUUAAUCUUUCUGGAGCAAGCAACUUGGAAGCAGGUGUACAGGCAACACUACAGCAAGCUAAGAGCCCCAACCUCCCACGUCUGGUUAGAAAGCCCUCUUCUCCCUCAUUAUCACCCCUUAUGGGCUUUGGCAAUAAAAAAAAUGCAAAGAAAAUAAAGAUAGACCUGAAAAAAGGACCAGAAGGACUUGGUUUCACUGUGGUUACCAGAGACUCUUCAGUACAUGGUCCUGGUCCGAUUUUUGUGAAGAAUAUAUUACCAAAAGGUGCAGCAGUAAAAGAUGGUCGUUUGCAGUCAGGAGACAGAAUCCUGGAGGUGAAUGGACGGGACAUCACUGGCAGGACCCAGGAAGAGCUUGUAGGUAUGCUGAGGAGCACAAAGCAAGGGGAAACUGUCUGUCUCAUUGUGGCUCGUCAGGAGGAGGCCUUUCUACCUCGAGAGCUGAAAGGAGAGCCAAACUGUAGUAUUCUCUCUCCAGAAACCACAGAGCAGCUGACCUUUGAGAUUCCUCUGAAUGAUUCUGGCUCUGCUGGACUUGGUGUGAGCUUAAAAGGCAACAAAUCUCGGGAGACGGGAGCUGAUCUUGGGAUUUUCAUCAAAUCAGUUAUUCACGGAGGUGCUGCUUUUAAGGAUGGUCGCUUGCGAGUAAAUGAUCAGCUUGUUGCAGUAAAUGAGGAGUCACUUCUGGGCAAGUCAAAUCAUGAGGCUAUGGAAACACUGAGGCGCUCCAUGUCCAUGGAGGGGAACAUCCGUGGGAGGAUCCAGCUGGUAGUUCUCCGGAGACUAGAGGUGCAAACAGAGGAACGCUCUGACCAGGGGGUCUUUCAAAAAUCAGCCUUUGACGGGAGUCAUAACUUUGCAGCAGCUUCCCGACGCAAUGAUUCUGUGAUUCAGCAAUUUGUAACAUACAGCGGUCAAGAAAGAAUAAAAGAGUUGCCAGUGUCUGAUCGUGGCAAUGGUGAAAAUGAAACCCCUCCACCUCUCCCACCGCAUCCCAGUGAGGAUCUGCUGAAUGAGGAUUAUAAUCAUAGCCCCAUCAUAAAUUCAGCAGUGCAUUUAACAGAUCAGCACAUCAACUUCAGAUCUUUGACACCAGCCAAGCAGUCUGAAUCAAUUAAUCUGAAAGCCUCAAAAAGCAUGGAUCUGGUGGCAGAUGAAAGCAAAGUUGGUUUGUUGGCCGGACACAAGUCGGAUUCUUCUGGCAAAGAUUUUGGUCCUACUCUGGGAUUGAAGAAGUCCAGUUCUCUUGAGAGUCUUCAGACUGCUGUGGCUGAAGUUAGGAAGAACGAACUCCCUUUUCACAGACCCAGGCCUCACGUGGUCCGUGGUCGGGGGUGUAAUGAGAGUUUCCGAGCUGCCAUUGACAAGUCUUAUGAUGGACCUGAAGAUGGAGAAGAGGAUGGUUUCUCUGAUAAGAGCUCUCACUCUGGUCAAGAAGCUCAGAACGUGGAAUCUGCCCCUCCAGGGAACUCUGAAAUAGAAGAUACAGAAGCCAAAGCUAAAAAAGACAAGAAAAAUAGAGAGAAAGAGAAGAAGAAGGAAAAGGGCAAAUCUAAAAUCAAAGAGAAGAAAAGGAAGGAAGAAAAUGAAGAUCCAGAAAAGAAAAAAAAGAAAGGCUUUGGUGUCAUGUUGAGAUUUGGAAAGAAAAAAGAAGAUAAAAGUGGAAAAACGGAUCAGAAGGGGAAUCCAAAGCAAGGCAUACUUAAAGAGGAGGAGCUGGAGAAAAUGAAAGAUGAACGUGAAAGGAUUGGUGCAAAGCAUCAGGAGUUACGGCAAAAGCAACUAAGAGGCCUGAGUGAUUAUUCUGCUGGUCCUGGAGGACCUGACAUGGAUGAUGAUGAGGUGGAUCCAAAUUAUGCCAGAGUAAACCACUUCCGAGAAGCUUAUCCAGCAGCAAGCAUAUACAGACCAUCUUCACCAGCAGUAGCAGAAACCUUUGUAUAUCCACGUGAUUCUCCUUCAGCACCCAUGGAGAGGGAGCACUUGGAAGGACUGUAUGCAAAAAUAAACAAGCAGCACUACCCACAGACUCCUGGUGACAGUGGCUGCACAGGUGGUGGGAAUGCUGAUCGUAUCCAGAAGUUACGGAAAGAGUACCAUCAGGCCAGGAGAGAAGGCUUACCUUUCUAUGAGGAUGACGAAGGAAGAACACAGCCCUCUGGUUAUGACCAGUGUUGGGUGCCUGGAAAAGGUCCAGAUGGGAGCUCAUACAAUCUCCACUUCGAGGGGAUGGAAAGGCAGUAUGCAUCCUUACCCAGGCGUGGACCUGCAGAGCCACUGGAAUAUUUCACAGGGCCACGGGUAAUAUACAAAGAGAGAGAUCUUCCCUACUACCAAGGAGGACAGCCUGUUGUCCACCCAUCUAAGGGGAACUACAUCCGUGCACCGGACACAAGAGUGGCAGAAUUGAGGUACCCCCAGUACUACCCAGCCCAGCCCGUCACAAACCAGCAUAAAGGACCCCUCCGGCAGGACGUGCCACCUUCCCCUCCUCAGUGCCACCGAGCACCAGCUUAUAAUGAAAUUGUCCGACACCGUGGGACCAGUCCAGACCAGUACCAGUACAGGCAACAGGAUCCCAGGCAGAAGAACCCCAUGACUGCAGCUGUAUAG